AAUUGUACAACGGUUUCAUGAUGCGCUCGACUCUUCCACAACUGAACAUGACAGCAAUGUGAUAUCGUAUGCUAAACUUGUCAAAAAACUCCGACGAAGCUCCUGUUGUUUCAACAUCUAUACAUGAAGCUUGUUACACCAAUCCCUCUAAUACAAUAGUCUAGUGUAUUGUGAGAUGCAUCCCUCCAAUACAAUAAUCUAAUGUAUUGUGAGAUGCAUCCCUCCAAUACAAUAAUCUAGUGUAUUGUGAGAUGCACCCCUCCAAUACAAUAGUCUAAUGUAUUGUGAGAUGCAUCCCUCCAAUACAAUAGUCUAGUGUACUGUGAGAUGCAUCCCUCCAAUACAAUAGUCUAGUGUAUUGUGAGAUGCAUCCCUCCAAUACAAUAGUCCAGUGUAUUGUGAGACAUAGACAAACAAGGCUAUCAUUUGCUCACGUGCAAAUUUGGAGGAGGUUCAAUAUUCAGGCAUGACCGUUACCUGGACAACUACUACAACAUGUUGCGGGAAGUAGGCUUCCAUUGCCGUAAAGAACUGACAGCUCAAUUCCAAAACAAGCAACGCCCAGACAUAGCUGUCUAUGAUUUUCAUGAGGGCAAGAAAUUAUUGUUAGACAUUACAAUAACACACCCUUGGGCACAAAGUAACAUCUCAGGGAGCAGCACUAUGGCAGGAUUUGCAGCAGUGGAAAAAGAAAAACAAAAGGACAAGAAAUACAGAGAAACUGCCGAAUCCCUAGGACACAUCUUUCGCCCAAUCGCAAUUGAGGCUUUCGAACGCUGGGGCCCCAAGGCUGAAGAGCUACUGACAGAGACGAGCAAGAUGGCACCCAUGCAAUUGGACAUGCCAGUGGGCCAAUUCAAAGCACAGUGGUCACGUCAUUUGUCGGUGACACUUCAACGACUAAAUUCGGACAUAAUCAAUAAACGGGCAUUGACAAUUGUUGGCAAGAAGGAGUCUGGUACCAGUGGGCCAGCUAACCUCGCCAAACAAGAAUUUAGUUUUGACUUUUCAUAAAUUUAUGUUUGUGUGUGUGUGUGUGUGUGUGUGUGUGUGUGUGUGUGUGUGUGUGUGUGUGUGCUUGGUUGCAUUGUAGUUUGUAUUGUAGUUUGCAUUGUAGUUUGCAUUUUAGUUUGUGUCGUAGUUUGCUUGUAAUUUGCCUUGUGCUUUUGAUGACAGUUCUGAAAAAUAUAUAUAUUGUGAGAUGCAUCCCUCCAAUACAAUUGCACAUGUAAACAAAAUUUAUGCAUUAAAUUUAAUAAUUAAGAUCAAAAUUGAAAUAAAAAUUGAAAAAACAAAUCAAAAAUUCUAAUUGGAACAAAAACAGAAACACAGUAAAACUACAUGUUGAAAAUAUAAAAAUAUUUUGUAUCAGUACAAAGAUUUUUUAAAGCCAAUUAAAUCAAAAUCAAAAAUAGAAUACAAUUUG